AUGGAGCUCGAGCAGGACCUCAAAGAGCAUGGCGUCGACGUCGUCUGCUCCAAGAUGGACUCGGUCAUCAGCAUGCGCGCGCAUGGCGCGACGGGCAAGCGCCUCGUAGAAACACUUCGGCUCAUGGACAAGUACGUUGCACUCAAGGUCACCAAGCUCGUCAAGGCCUGCGCCGACCACAUCUACUGCGACCCGUGCUUCGGCCCGAACGACGCCGACCCGUCGGGUGCGCGGGCGCUUUGCAAGAACGGCGACGUUGUCCCGUCCAAGGGCGGGUCCCAGCACCAGGCCAAGGUGCUCAAGCUGCUCAAGGAAGACAAGUUGCGCUGGGAGCGGCCGCGGUACGCAACGGCAACCCAGAACGUGCUUGAAGAAAGCGACGAGUCCGAGUACGGCAACCUCGGCGACUGCUGGUUCCUCGGCGCGAUCAGCGUCCUUGCCACGCGGCUCGACCUGCUCACGCAGGUGUUUUGGCGCGACGACCAGUACAAGGGCCACGGCCUCUUCGUCUGCCGCUUCAUGAAGGACUUUGCGUGGCAUUACGUCAUCAUUGACGACCGCCUGCCCGUGUUUGGGUACACUAACAACCGCGCCGGGAAGCCGUUUUUUGCGCGCUGCAGCGACCCGAACGAACUCUGGGUGCCCCUCAUGGAGAAGGCGUACGCCAAGCUCCACGGCAGCUACGAAGCUCUCAUUGGCGGCUACAUUGACGUGGCGCUGAGCGACCUCACGGGUCUAUGCUCGGAGCAGAUCAUCCUCAAGCCAGGCUACCCUGGGUUCGCCGAAGACCCGUACAAGCCGAUUCGCGCCGACCAGAAGCGCGGCGAUGAGUUCUGGCAAAAGCUCGUCCAGUACAAGCGCAACGGGACGCUCAUGGGCUGCUCGAUCCAGCCCGAUCCGAAGAACGACAAGAACGUGGUUGCUGAAGGCAGCGCGGGCCAAGGACUCUACUACAAACACGCAUACGGACUCGUCGACGUUGGCGAGAUCACGCUCAAGGACAAGUCGGGCCUGCGGUUGGUCAAAGUCCGUAAUCCAUGGGGCAUGGGCGAGUGGACGGGGCCGUGGUCCGACCAGAGCGACGAGCGAGAGGUAUACGACGACGAGAUCCAGCGCGUCUUCAAGGUCAUUGCGCGCUCCGUGGGCGAGAACGCGUACUCCAAGCUCCAUCGCGAGCAGCACACGCAGCUCUCGGAGCUCGUGCAGGAAGACGUUGCCGAGAUCAACCAGAACGACGGCACGUUUUUCAUGACGUACGCCGACUGGUCGGAGCGCUACACACACUUCUUUGCCGGCAUUGACUUCGCCGACGAGUGGUGCGGGCGGCGCGUCCAAGGCAAGUGGGACGAGAUCUCGUGCGGCGGCAACACCAGCAAGGCCACGUGGAUCAACAACCCGCGCUUCCAGCUGCACGUGCUCGAGCGCUGCCACCUCUUUAUCGCCGUGAGUCAGAACGACCCGCGCGGCAAGGUCGACGCGCGCGGCCUCGUGCCCAUCGGCUUCCACGUCUGCUCCGUGUCCGAAGGUCCGAACGGCGCCAUUGAGAUCCGCGAGCCAAAGAAGAAGGCUGCGCCGUACUACCGCUUGCACCCGGAGGCGUCUCGACAGGCGCUUCUUGACGGCUCCGUGGCCGAAGCCUCGCCGCCACCCAUUAUCCCCGGAACCGUCAUUCCCGGCGUGGACGACGAUGGCGUGCCCCAACCCGCCUACACGCUCAAGCAAGCGGCCUCGGUCGACAUGCACAUUGAGCCAGGACGCUAUUGCAUCGUCCCGAGCUUGUACAUGCGGACGGACAAGCAAUCCAACAAGACCAACGUCGGGCCGUUCUGGAUCUCGGUCUACGGCAACAAACCUGUGUUUGAGCUCGAGGGCGGCGAGCCCAUCAUUGAAGAAGAAGAGAUCGACGAGACGGCGUGCAAAAGCAGCCCGUCGACGCCGGCGCCACCGACCGUCGUCCUCUCGCCGAUUGUGGUGCCAGGCGACGGCGCGCGUCGCCAGUUUGAGAAUCUCAAAGAAGAGUUUCUCGCCCAAGCCCGCCUCAAAGGGAUUGGGUUUCGCGAAGCGAAGCGCGAAUUUACAAAUGCGGGGCCCAUGCGACGCGCCGACUUUAAGCGCCGGAUGCUCAACCUCGGCUUCAAGAUGGACGAGGUGAGCGACGAGAAGGACCGCGUCGUCUCGAUCGUGCCCGAGAAGGAAGACGAAGAGGUGCCCGAGAAGGUCAACCAAGAAGGCACGCUCACGCUGCGGCUCGUUGGCGGCAAAGACCUCCAGAGCGUCCAGGUGCUGCAGACCACGCCGCCACUCCUCUCGUUUCCCGCGUUGACGUUUGGUCCGAAAGACAUGGCGCUCCAAGAAGCGUGCAUGCUCGAAGUGCUGGACGAGAUACCGUCGCUCAUCACCGAGCUGCAUCCCAAGUUCCUCCUCUCGCUGCGCCCGCACGACCCGAUCUUCCAGAGCCGCAUCUCGUCGCUUCUCGAGCACGUCAAAGGGCCCGCGAAGCUUCGCAGCGCGUCGCGGCGGCGCGGCCCGAAGAAGAAGCUCGUACGCCACGACACGACGCCCGUGCUGUACUUUUUGGCGGCCGUGAGCGCAAAGUUUCAAGCCGCCGUCGCCAAGGAGGAGGAAGAUCGACGCACGGCGCCUCCGUCCACCGAGACGAAGACGCGCUUUAGCUGGAUGGCACUCGAGACGCAGACAACCCUGCCCGUCACGACCGAGACACCGACGGACGAUCUGCAUUUGAAGCUGCACACGAGCAGCUACAUGCAGUCGCUCGAGGCCAAGCGCGCCGCGCGCUUCAAGCGCAUGCAAGUCAAGAAAGCACAAGUCUGCGGGGACAAGCAAAAGCUCGCGAGCUUACCGCGGCUCCUCGGCGGGCGCAAGACAGGGACCAAUGUGCUGCACUGCGUCGACUGCCACGCAGCCGUGACGCUCUCGGGCAAGGGCGACGGGAGCAUGGAGCUCACGUGCAGCGCGCAAGGCUGCGUCCACGUCUUCUGCACGGUCUGCUAUGGGAAGCUGCCCGCGUGUGAGAAAUUCUGCGACGACUGCUACCUCCACGAGCACGGCAACAUGGAAGUGCUGGGCAUGCAGCUGCGCUCGGUGCUCCUCUCCAAGCUCGCAGCGUCGGACGCCCAACUCAUUGCACUCGACGAGAUGUUUGGCACGCUCGACGAAGACGCGUCGGGGGACUUGACGGUCGCCGAGUUCACCAAGUUCUUAGACAAGCUGGCGCUGCACCCGCCGCUCACGACCGCGCAGAUUGCGGCGCUCAUGGAAGAGCUCGACGUCGAUGGCAACGGCACGCUGAGUCUCGACGAGUUCAAGCGCUGGAUGCUGGGGAAGGAAGCCGCGUGGGCGCCGGAGAUGGUCAAGGACGACGACGAGACGUGGCGACGGUCGCCGCGCGCGGGCCGCCGAACCACGCUCGAGGCCGCCGAGCGCGCGCUGCUCGUGCCGUGGAUCGAGUCGGUGCUCGUGGAUUUGGUCGCCGACGUCCUCGGCGCCGUCGCCAACGCGCCGUCGCCGUGGAUCGUGACGGCCCACACGACGCCGACGCUCGAGCGCAUGGCCGCGCUGCCCGUCAUUGACGGCAGCACGGACGAGUGCGAGAGCAUCGCCAAGCUCUUUGCGCGCUUCGACAUCAACGGCGACGGCUCGAUCGCAACCGACGAGCUCGCGCUGCUCCUGAGCUGCGUCGGACUCGAAGCGACUGCGCUCGACGUGCGGUUGCUCUCCCACCGCCUCCAACGCGAGCACGGCCAGAUCUUCUUGUCGGAUUUUGCAACCUUUGUGAGUGCCGAGACCAGUGGGACGACGCGUGACCGCGAGCGCGCGCUGGUCGAGACGCUUUUGGAUUUGGAGCAGCGCAUGAAAGAGCACCGGGUUGUCGAGGGCGACGUCAAGAUGGCGCUGCAGACGCUGCACGUGGGCAUGCCCGUCCACGAGCUCCUCUGGCUCAGCAAGACGCUCCUCGACCGCAUCGGUCUGCAAGUCGACGUGCUCUCGCUGCAGCGCAUCGCGCUCGCGUGCACGCCGUGCAUCUACAAUCCGACACUGGCCUGUGCGGGCGACGUGCUUCUCGCGCUGCUCCAGGCGCCGUCGGGGCUGGGCGGCACGCUUCUCGGCUUCUCGGUCGAGGUCGUCAGCAGUGCGAUCCAACGCCUCUUCAAGAUCGCGUCCAACGACGAAGAGCUCGAGUGGGAGAAGCUCGGGCCGGCCCACGUCGAGCGGCGCGAGCAAGGCCCGCUCAUCGAGGGCUUGCUCCGACGCGGGCUCCGGGUGCUCGAGACGCCCGACCUCGACAGCCUCGCGAUCGAAAACCAAGUCUGCGUCGCGUUGGCGCUGGACGCGCUGCGAUACCGCGACGCGCAGUUGCCGCCGCUUGCAACCCACGAUGUCUCGCGCGGCCUCUUCCUCUCCUUGUCGCGCUACACGACGCUCCAGCGCCUCGAAGACAAGCUCCGCCGGACGCUUCAGCGCAUGGCGCGCGUCGGCAGCGGCCAGCAAAUGUACCAAGUGACGCUCGCGUUCAGCGCCAACAAGACGCUCCACGUGCGCGUGCUCGACUCGAUGCUCAAGCAAGCCAUGACCUUGUCGUUCGCGGACGCCGACAUGGACACGCGGGGCGUCCCGCUCUUUGACCGUCGACCAGCUCCUGGCAGCAGCCAGUACUGGUCCAUGGGCGUCGUGAACGCCGAGUGGUACCCGGAACUCAACGCGUACUUUUUGGCGCUCCUGCGCCGCCUGCGCAUUUGCUUUCGCGACGACAACGGCAAGAAGCAGCCGUUCGUCGAGUUUCUCGAGAGCCAGAGCUUUGUCGGGACGCUCCGCAGACUCCUGCAGUCGACCCGCGUCCCCUUCUUCUGGGCCGUCUCGCCCGCGAUGCUCGAGUUCAGCGUCGACCGCGCGACGUUGGACCGCGCCAAGAUGCGUCUUCAGCCCUAUACGAUGCUCGCGCUGCAGCAGUUUCCGGCGCUCGCGGCCUUCUUCCGCCAAGCGCACUCGACGUUGCGCGUGCACCUCGAAGUGCUCGACCACCCCACGAGCAUGUGGCUUUCGUGGAAUGAGUUCAAGUCGUGUCUCGCGGGCCUGCGGAACGCGUAUGCGUCCAUCCAGCUGCUGCCGCAAGGCGACACGUUUGUGACACCGCCCGACGACGGCGGCGGCUGCACGCCGCAGUGGAGCUACGCGACGUCGGUCCUCGUGCACGAGCCCGACGAGUGCGUCCAUCGGUCCGACCGACCGGUGGUGUACGUCGAUACGCAGCCGAUCCUUGGCCGCCCCGACAGCUCGGGCACGAAUUUGAUUCCGUUCACAUCGCUGAGCCGCACCGAGGCUGCCACGCUGCACUUUGUGGUCGUGAGCGUCCGGCGCACGGUGCCUUCGACCGCCGAGGUGCCGCAUUUGUACUGCACCGCGUACGACCCCGCGACUGCGAGUGACUACGAGGUCGUGGGGACGCCCACGAAUUGGAACGUGAAUUUCUUCGACCCGGACGUCAACCCGGACGUCGAGAAGCAGUGGGUGGCGCUUUUGAGCAAGAUGAAGCUCGGCCGCACGAUCACCCCCAAGCUGCUCAUCCGCCUCUACAACAAGCAGCCGCGGUCGGACCAGCUCAUUGGCGAAACCGAAGUCUCGAUCGCGUCGACGAUGGCGCGCGAGGGCUACGGCGUGCACUCGUGGUUUGCCAUUUACGACCCUGUCUCCGAGCUCUGCACGGGGCAAAUCGAGCUGCAAGUGCAGUUUGAGAUGAAAACCAAGGGCGGCGACGGGCGCACUAUGGACGCUACCACAAAUGCCGCUGUUACGUCGACGCCCAAGCUCAAAGCCAUCGCAAGCGCUCCGACGACUGCAUCCGACGAUUUGCAGGUCACGCGUUUCAAGCAGCGCAUCAUCGAGCUCGAGGCGCAGCUGCAGGCCAAGCCAGAGCCAGCGUCCACCGAGACCGCGUCGAGCAACAACCUGCUCAAGUGGAAGCGCAAGUACGAGCAGCUCAAACAUGAGGCCGCCGACCAACAGGCAGCCACCGAAGCCAAGCUCGCGGCACUGCAGCAGCAAAUGACCAAAUUGGAAGCACGCACGCCGCGUAGCGAAGAGGUGGCGCCUGGUGACGCGUCGGCGUCAGCGGCGUUUGCAGCGCUCAAGGCGACGCUGAGCCGUCGGUGCCCCGACCGACCGUUCAACGGACUCAAGAAAGCCAUGCUUGCCGUCGCAGAGACGCCCGGGAAGGUCGGCGUGCCUGCGUUGGACGAAGUGCUCGAUGACUUUGGCCUGCGCCUGGACACCGCCCAGCGCCAAAACGUCCUGGCGCUGCUGGACCCGGACCGCUCCGGCAUCGUCUCGAUUCCUGAGUUCUUCGCUCGGCUCGGCGGUGACGCCGCACUCAGUCGCGCCGCGUCACGCGCUAGUUUGGAGCCGUCGCCGCGGGCCAGCAUCUCCAAAAAGCCGAGCACGCCGCGCAUCGAGCAGCCACCAAGUCCCGAGGUGCCCGACGACGUGGUCGAGUCGCCGGCCAAGCAGAGAAGGCCCACGACGCCCGUCGAGACGCCACACGAGCCCGAGGAGAAGGUAACCAAGCACCGCGCGGAGAAGUCCGAGCAACCCGCGCCUGUGAAGCCGGAACGGCCGCAUGCUGUCAAGCCCCUGGCCACGCCAAGUGCGGAGCCUCCCAAACGACCAGCAAAGCUAAAGAGCGUCAAGCCCGAGGCGACACCGGUCGCAGUGCGGGACGCGCGCGAUGAGCAGCCGAGCAACAACCCGGCGUUCGAGCCAACCAGCGACGAAGAGAUGUUUGCCUACCUGCAAGCCCACCUUCCAGACAAGUGGGACAUGCAAUUUACGAAUGGCGGCAAGCCUUACUUUCGCAACUUUACCGCCCGAUCGACGCAGUGGAACCAUCCAGACGCUGACGCGGACGCCAUCUUCCGCGCAUAUCAGCACGCCAAGAAGAAGAAAUCAAAGAGCUGUAACCUGUAA